ACAGAUGAGAAAAACAAGAACAAAAUGCAGUUCAAAAUCUUCAUUUUCUUCUUCUGUUCUUGCAUUAGUUUCUCUUCUGCUGAUACUUUCAAUGACGAGAGAUCAGUUCUGCUGUCGAUAAAAGCCGGGUUUCAAGAUCCGUUGAAUAAGCUUCAAGAUUGGAGAUUUUCUAAUGGUUCUAGUCACUGUAACUGGACUGGAGUAUGGUGCAACUCUCAUGGAGCUGUAGAAGUUCUUGAUCUUUCUCAUAUGAAUCUGAGUGGCAUUUUAUCGGAUGAUAUUCAAAAGUUGCAGAGUCUUACUUCACUCAACUUGUGCUGUAAUGGAUUCGCUUCAUUGUUGCCGAAAUCUGUUUCGAAUCUUGCUUUAUUACAGAAGAUUGACGUGAGUCAGAAUUUCUUUGUUGGUGAGUUUCCGAUUGGUUUCGGAAGAGUUGCUGGUUUGACUUUGUUGAAUGCGUCCAGCAAUAAUUUCUCAGGAGAGAUUCCUGAGGAUAUCGGCGAUGCGGUUUCUCUUGAGAUUCUUGAUCUCAGAGGGAGUUUCUUUGAAGGGUUUAUUCCGAAAUCUUUCAGGAAAUUGGAUAAGUUGAAGUUUCUUGGUCUUUCUGGGAAUAAUCUCACUGGCGAAAUACCUGCGGGAUUAGGGGAGCUUUCUGCAUUGGAGAAGAUAAUUAUUGGAUACAAUGAGUUUCAAGGCGGGAUUCCGUCGGAAUUCGGAAAUCUAACCAAUCUGAAGUAUCUUGAUUUGGCAGUUGGAAAUCUUGGUGGUCAGAUUCCAGCUGAACUGGGGAAACUCAAGUUUCUUGAGACAGUUUUUCUUUAUCAGAAUAAUUUUGAAGGAAAAAUUCCUGCUGCAAUCGGCAACAUGACUUCAGUAAAGCUGCUGGAUUUAUCCGAUAACGCGUUAUCAGGAGAAAUUCCAGCUGAAAUUUCCGAGCUUAAGAACUUACAGCUCUUGAAUCUGAUGUGUAACCAUCUGUCAGGUUCAGUUCCUGCUGGACUCGGAAAGUUGACUCAACUACAGGUUCUUGAGCUAUGGAACAAUUCGCUUACGGGUCCUCUGCCUAGUAAUCUCGGUGUAAAUUCGUCACUGCAGUGGAUGGAUGUGUCGUCCAAUUCAUUCUCCGGCGAGAUUCCAGCAGGUUUAUGUAAUGGUGGAAAUCUCACUAAGCUCAUCCUCUUCAACAAUGGAUUCUCAGGUUCAAUUCCUGUAAGCUUAUCCUCGUGUCUGUCCCUAGUUCGCGUACGUAUGCAGAACAAUUUUCUGUCCGGAACAAUUCCUGUCGGUUUAGGUAAACUUCCAAAGCUUCAAAGGUUAGAGUUAGCUAAUAAUAAUCUUACAGGUCAAAUCCCAAAUGAUCUUGCUAGUUCUUCAUCACUUUCUUUCAUUGAUCUCUCUAGAAACCGGCUUAGAUCUUCACUUCCUUCAACAAUUCUUGCAAUUCCGAACCUACAAAACUUCAUGGUUUCGAGCAACAACAUAGAAGGAGAAAUCCCAGAUCAGUUUCAAGACUGUCCUUCACUUGCUGUGCUUGAUCUUUCUUUCAAUAAUUUAUCCGGUACUAUACCAGCUAGUAUUGCUUCAUGUGAGAAAUUGGUAAAUUUGAAUCUAAAUAACAACCAAUUAACCGGAGAAAUCCCGAAAUCAAUUGCUUUGAUGCCUACAUUAGCAAUUCUUGAUCUAUCCAGAAACUCUUUAACAGGUGAAAUACCCGAGAAUUUCGGAUCCUCACCUGCCUUAGAAGUGCUGAAUGUCUCCUUCAACAGGCUACAGGGUUCGGUUCCUGCAAAUGGUAUCUUAAAAGCGAUUAAUCCAGAUGAUCUAAUUGGAAAUGCAGGUCUCUGCGGUGGUGUACUGCCUCCCUGCAGCGGCGUUGCACAAUCUGCAUCGCAGCAGAAGGGUCUGCACAAAAAGCACAUAAUUGCAGAAUGGAUAAUUUCAGUUUCGUUAGUUGUAGCACUCGUGAUAGGACUUGUUGGUGUUCGAUCUCUGUAUAAAAGGCGGUAUUUGAGCGGAAAUUGCUUCGGAGAAAGUUUAGAAAUGAGUGGAGAGUGGCCUUGGAGACUGAUGGCAUUCCAGAGGCUUGGAUUCACCAGUACUGAGAUUCUAGCCUGUGUCAAGGAAUCCAAUGUGAUCGGUAUGGGAGCAACGGGCACUGUAUAUAAGGCGGAAAUGCCACGGUUAAACACAGUUGUGGCAGUUAAGAAGUUAUGGCGAUCGGGCAAGGACAUUGAAGUAGGAAGCAAUGACGAUUUUGUAGGAGAAGUAAAUCUUCUAGGAAAGCUAAGGCAUCGAAAUAUAGUCCGGUUAUUAGGGUUUCUUCACAAUGAUAGCGACAUGAUGAUUCUAUAUGAGUAUAUGCACAAUGGAAACCUCGGAGACGCCUUACACGGUAAUCAAACAGGAAGUUUGUUAGUAGACUGGGUUUCGCGGUAUAAUAUAGCAGUUGGAGUUGCACAAGGGCUUGCUUAUCUGCACCAUGAUUGUCAUCCGCCUGUAAUUCAUCGCGACAUCAAGUCAAAUAACAUCCUCCUUGAUGCGAAUCUCGAGGCAAGAAUUGCUGAUUUUGGAUUGGCAAGAAUGAUGAUCCGGAAGAACGAAACAGUUACCAUGGUGGCCGGAUCCUAUGGAUACAUUGCCCCAGAAUAUGGAUACACCUUGAAAGUAGAUGAAAAGAUCGAUACAUACAGCUAUGGAGUAGUUCUACUAGAACUUGUCACCGGAAAACGACCACUCGAUCCUGAAUUCGGAGAGUCGGUCGACAUAGUUGAAUGGAUUCGAAGAAAGAUUAGAGACAACAAACCUUUAGAAGAAGCACUAGACAAGAAUGUAGGAAAUUGCAAGCAUGUUCAAGAAGAGAUGUUAUUAGUUCUUAGGAUAGCGCUUCUGUGUACCGCGAAGCUUCCCAAGGACAGACCGUCCAUGAGAGAUGCGAUAACAAUGCUCGGAGAGGCAAAGCCGAGAAGAAAAAGUAGCAGCAACAGUAACAGAGAUAAGCCAGUGUUUAGCACAUCGCCUGUAAAUGGCCUCGUCGUAUAGCCAUAAUUUUCUUUUUCCUAAUCUUCUUUUGUACGUAGCAUUUGUUUAUGUUUGUAAUCAUUGAUUCAAAUUGUUGUCCAGAGAAUUAAAGGGUAUAUGAAAUUUAAUUUUCCCUUCUUUAA